AUGGAAGCCGCAGAUGCCUCCAGGAGCAACGGGGCCAGCCCAGAAGCCAGGGACGCCCGCAGCCCCCCAGGCCCCCACGGGAGCCCGGAGAGCGGGGCAAAGCCUGAAGCCAAGGACGCCAAGACCACCAACGGGCAUGGCGGGGAGGCGGCCGAGGGCAAGAGCGCGGGCAGUGCCCUGAAGGCCGGGGAGGGCAAGACCGCCCUCUUCGCGGGGAACGAGUGGCGGCGGCCCAUCAUCCAGUUUGUGGAGUCCGUGGACGACAAGGGCCCCAACUACUUCAGCAUGGACUCCGCCGACGGCAAGCGCUCCCCUUACGCGGGGCUCCAGCUGGGGGCCUCCAAGAAGCCGGCCGUCAGCUUCGCCGACAAGGGCGAGCUGCGGGGCAGGUCCAUGUUCUCCGAGCCCCGGAAGCCCGCCGUGUCCCUCGUGGAGCCGGGCGAGGGGCGGCGCAACAGCUACCCGCCUCGGGCCGACUCGGGGAUCCACCUGCGGCCCAAGCCCAGCUCCUCCGAGGAGGUGCUGUGCGACUCGUGCAUCAGCAACAAGCAGAAGGCGGUCAAGUCCUGCCUGGUGUGCCAGGCCUCCUUUUGCGAACUGCACCUCAAGCCCCACCUGGAGGGGGCCGCCUUCCGAGACCACCAGCUGCUGGAGCCCAUCCGGGACUUCGAGGCGCGCAAGUGUCCCCUGCACGGCAAGACCAUGGAGCUCUUCUGCCAGACGGACCAGUCGUGCAUCUGCUACCUGUGCAUGUUCCAGGAGCACAAGAACCACAGCACCAUCACCGUGGAAGAGGCCAAGGCCGAGAAGGAGACGGAGCUUUCACUACAGAAGGAGCAGCUGCAGCUCAAGAUCAUCGAGAUCGAGGAUGAAGCUGAGAAGUGGCAGAAGGAGAAGGACCGCAUCAAGAGCUUCACCACCAACGAGAAGGCCAUCCUGGAGCAGAACUUCAGGGAUCUGGUGCGGGACCUGGAGAAGCAGAAGGAAGAAGUGAGGGCUGCGCUGGAGCAGCGGGAGCAGGACGCUGUGGACCAAGCGAAAGUGAUUGUGGAUGCUCUGGAGGAAAGGGCGAAGCAGCUGCACGAUGACAAGCAGACCCGGGACCAGCUGCACAGCAUCAGCGACUCCGUGCUCUUUCUGCAGGAGUUUGGUGCCUUGAUGAGCAAUUACUCCCUCCCCCCACCCCUACCCACCUACCAUGUUCUGCUGGAGGGGGAGGGCCUGGGGCAGUCGCUGGGCAACUUCAGGGAUGACCUGCUCAACGUGUGCAUGCGCCAUGUGGAGAAGAUGUGCAAGGCAGACCUGAGCCGAAACUUCAUCGAGAGGAACCACAUGGAGAAUGGAGGUGACCAUCGUUACGUGAACAACUACACCAACAACUAUGGGACGGAGUGGAGCACACCAGACACCAUGAAGAGAUACUCCAUGUACCUCACGCCCAAGGGUGGAGUCCGGACAACGUUCCAGCCUUCCUCCCCCAGCCGUCUCUCCAAGGAGACCAAUCAGAAGAACUUCAACAAUCUCUAUGGCACCAAAGGUAACUACACCAGCCGGGUCUGGGAGUACUCCUCCACCAUCCAGAACUCGGACGAUAUGCCCACAGUGCAAGGAAAUUCCUCUUUCUCCCUGAAAGGGUACCCCUCCAUCAUCCGGAGCCAGAGCCCUAAGGCCCAGCCGCAGACCUGGAAGUCAGGCAAGCAGACCCUGCUGUCUCACUAUCGGCCGUUCUACGUCAACAAAGGCUCCGGGAUCGGGUCCAACGAGGCCCCGUGAGUUGCAGCCGGGAGGGAACAAGGCACCAACAGCCCUGCCGUCGGCUGCUCCCACUGCCAGCACCUCCCCAGCCCCUACUGUUCCUGUGUGGGUGACCCACGCCUGCCUCCCCAGUUCUCAGCUGGCCGGCCGGCCUUCUCCAGACAGCCUGGCCUCCCCUGCUGAUCCAAGCCCCCUUCUUGCUUUGUGUGCUCUGAUGCCUACAGACCAGGCCAUGGCUGGGGUGGGAGAUAAGGGGGCUUCUCUCCACAAACCCAGGAUCCUCCUCUUGAGCUGGGUGGUUGGCACUAGCAGUGGGUGGCCCCAUGACCUCAGCCUGCCCGUCCUGUCCACACCCUGCUGUCUCCAGGCCUGUCCAGCAUUGCGCCCCAAGGCCUCCCCCGCCCAUGAUAUGUGGUCACUAGGUGCCAAGCCCAAACAGCUGCACAUCAACCAUCCACACAGACCCUGUGGCUAGGCAACCCCACUGACCCUGCCAGGAGAGACCUGGCCCCACAGCCCUGGGCCAGGCCCGAGGGAUGCAAUGUCUGGGGGCGCCACAUCCACUUUGCGCCCUCCUGGCCAGCAGGAUGGUCUUAGCAAACUUGUUCGUCUUCCUCCCGCCAGGGUGGGCAGCUCCCUCAGUGUGUUUAUGUACCCACGGAAAUAGCUACCAGCCCAGUCACCCUUUAGGGAAAUACCAUUUUCCUAUAGAAUUUCAUUUAUCGGCUAAUUUUGUAUUCUUUUUCAUAAUGGCGAGUGAGCAAGCUGGUGGCCAGGUGGCUGGGUGGGUUGCGGGGUGCUGUGUAGUUACAGGGGUGCCCCCCACACUGCCUCCAUCACACAGGCUUCCUCCUUCCUCUGACUAUCUCAAGGGCCCAGGGCCUGGAGAUAGGACAAAACCUGGAGCAGCAAGUGGUUGUACCCCGUCUCUUGACCCCAGACCCUCUCUGACUUCACUCCCCAGGAGUGGGGGCUAAGGACAGGGUGG